AUGUCUUCUGUAAGCAAAGAGCAGAAGCUGUUGGAUCUGAUAGAGAAGAGCGGGUAUAACAUCGUGCAGGAGAACGGCCAGAGAGUGUUCGGUCCGCCGCCCGAUUGGCCACAGAGUCGACCGCCGCCUCAGAAGGGAUGUGAGGUCUUUGUGGGCAAAAUCCCGCGCGACUGCUAUGAGGAUGAGUUGGUGCCACUCCUCACCCAAAUCGGACCCAUCUAUCAGUUGCGGCUUAUGAUGGACUUCAGCGGAACCAACAGAGGCUACGCGUUCGCCACUUAUACCAACCAAACCGAUGCCAACAAAGCCAUCAAAGAGCUGAACAACUGUCAGAUCAGAGCCAACAAACGCAUCGGAGUCGUCAAGAGUCUCGACAACUGUCGCCUAUUCAUCGGUAAUAUCCCUCUCAACAGAACCCGAAUGGAUGUCAUCGAAGAGCUCUCCAAAGAGACAGAAGGAGUGGUGAAUGCAAUCGUUUACAACAAUUACAAUAAACUCGAUAAACAGUACAGAAAUCGCGGCUUUGCUUUCGUUGAGUACAAGACUCAUCGUGAUGCCGCAAUGGCUCGAAGAAAGUUAUUGCCGGGCAAAAUCAAACUUUUUGAUUGUGAGAUAAGCGUCGACUGGGCUGUCCCGGAGCCUAAUCUCGACGAUGAGAUCAUGUCUAAGGUUGAGGUUCUAUUUGUGCGGCAUUUGAGCGCCGAUUGCACUGAAGAUAUGAUUAAAAACAUAUUUGCGUUGAAAAGUCCGCCGAAAAUAAACGUCCAGAAAGUGAAGAAACUCAAGAAUUAUGCGUUCGUUCACUACUUCAAUCGCGAGGACGCAGAGCUCGCCCUCCAGACUCUGUCCAAAUCAGAUUUGCGAUCCACUGGUCUGACUGAUGAGGGCCAGCACCUGGAGAUCACUUGGGCUAAGCCACCAAAUCUGGUCAACAAUUUCCAGCGACGAAAGAAGCGCUUCUUUGGCUCCGGAAACUGUGGCGGCGAUGGCAUUGGGAUUAACGUCAAAACCAAUCCAUUCUCUCCACAUAACGGCCAACUCAUGAGCUCCGGAAUGUCCCCUCAAUUCGAGUAUAACAACAACUCAUCCAAACACUUGACGCCCAACUUCUACUCGAGUCUAAUGAGCGGUGACUCCAAUAACUGGAAUAACGUGCGAAACAGUCCGACAGUCCUUAUGCCGGGUUUGCGACACAACUCUCGAAACAACGGCACUGCGAACGGCAACACCACUCCCGUCUGGUAUUCAUUUGAGAAUCAGUACCCAUGGCUUCCCAUUCCUGUUGUCCGUUCGCCGCAAACCAUUGGUGUAUUCCGAUCGCCACAACCCUAUGGA